AUGGACGCAUUGGUAUCGCUUGUCGAGCAGCACAACGACAUGCUGCUGUCGUAUUCCAUCCCAGCGGUGGCCAUCACGGUCUACCUCAGCACCAUCGUGGUGCUCAAGCUGUGGAUGUCGACCAGGGAGAAGCCCUUCAAGGUGCAGAGCAUCUCUGCUGCCCACAAUUUCUUCCUCUGCGUCCUCUCGCUGGCGAUGGCUGUCGGCACCUCCUACGAGGCGUUCGUCGUGCGCGCGCCCCAGAUCGGUCUCGGCGAGCUCUUCUGCUCUACUGAUCGCGAGGAAGUCUUCAACAACCGCCUCUGGUUCUGGUGUGUCGUCUUCUACAUCUCCAAGUACUACGAGUUCUUCGACACCGUCAUUCUGCUCCUCAGGAAGCGCCCUCUGCUCGUCCUCCACGUCUGGCACCACUGCUCCGUGAGCGUCCUCUCGCUCGUCUUCCUCAGGGCCAACAUGACCUGGUUCUUCACCGGCGUCAUCAUCAACGGCGCCAUCCACACCUUCACCUACUACUUCUACUUCCAGAGCAGCCUCGGCAACACCGUGUGGUGGAAGAAGUACCUCACCCAGGCGCAGAUGGUGCAGUUCCUGUGGGGUAUCGCCUCGUGGCUGCCCUGGCCCGUGCUCUGCCAGCACAACAGGACCACCGAGACCGACUACGUCGUUGGCGCCAACUUCCUCAUCCUGGCCUCCUUCUUCGCCCUCUUCCUCAACUUCUUCAACCACACUUACACGCCCAAGGCCGGUGCUGCCGGAGCCCGGGACAGGAAGCAGAAGAAGGUCGAGUAA